AUGUCGGACCCGUGCUCCUUCUCCUCCGUCUCCCGCAGCGUCACCAAGCACCUGAACCUGACGCUGCACGUGGACUUCGUCCGGCACGUGAUCAAAGGCAAAGUGGCGCUCACCGUGGAGGUUCUCCAGGACCGACUCAAUGUUCUGACUUUGGACACCAGAGACCUGCAGAUCGUGUCAGUGAACGCUAACGGACAAGCGGCCCGCUUUACGAUGGGCCCUAAACACAGCUUCAAGGGGACGCCGCUGGACAUCACGCUGCCCUUUGACCUCUCCAGAGGGCAGCACGUGAUCGUGGAGGUGACCUAUGAGACGUCUCCGUCUGCGUCGGCGCUGCAGUGGCUCUCACCGGAACAGACUGCCGGCAAGAAACAGCCGUACCUGUUCAGCCAGUGUCAGGCUCAUCACUGCAGGAGUAUGGUUCCCUGUCAGGACAGUCCGUCUGCCAAACUCACCUACUACGCUCAGGUGUCGGUCCCUAAAGACCUGGUGGCGGUGAUGAGUGCGAUGAGAGACGGACAGGAAGUGGAUCCUCUGGACAGAGAGCGCAUCAUCUACAGGUUCAGACAGCCGGUGCCCAUGCCUUCAUACCUGAUAGCCAUCGUGGUUGGAGCUCUGGAGAGCAGGGAAAUCGGGCCAAGGACGAGAGUCUGGUCUGAGAAAGAGUUUGUGGAUAAAGCCGCGUUCGAGUUUUCUGAAACGGAGACCAUGCUGAAGACGGCCGAGGAGCUCGCUGGGCCGUAUGUUUGGGGUCAGUACGACAUCCUGGUUCUUCCUCCAUCGUUCCCCUACGGAGGCAUGGAGAACCCCUGCCUGACCUUCGCCACACCCACACUGCUGGCAGGAGACAAGUCUCUGUCUAAUGUGAUCGCUCAUGAGAUCUCCCACAGCUGGACCGGGAACCUGGUGACCAACAAGACCUGGGAACACUUCUGGCUGAACGAGGGUCACACAGUGUACCUGGAGAGGAUGAUCGGCAGGUCCAUGGACGGCGAGCAGUUCCGACAGUUUAAAGCCAUGGGGGGAUGGAAGGACCUGCAGGACUCGGUGAACACGUUUGGAGCCAACAACCCUCUGACCAACCUCGUCCCCAGCCUGCAGGAUGUUGACCCCGAUGACGCCUUCUCCUCGGUGCCCUACGAGAAAGGGUUCGCUCUGCUGUACCACCUGGAGGAGCUGCUGGGGGGGCCAGAGGUGUUCAUGGGCUUUGUGAAGUCGUACAUCCAGAUGUUUGCGUACGGCAGCGUCACCACAGACGAGUGGAAGAACUUCCUGUUCACCUACUUCAAGGACAAGGUGGACAUCCUGAACAAGGUGGCCUGGGACUCCUGGAUGUACACUCCUGGGAUGCCUCCAGUCAAACCUCAGUACGACACCACACUGGCCGACGCUUGCAUUGCUCUGAGCCAGAGGUGGAUCAAGGCCAAAGAGCAAGACCUGAGCAGCUUUAAAGCAUCCGAUGUGAAGACGCUGACGUCCCACCAGGUCAUCGAGUUCCUGUCCCUCCUGCUGCAGGAGGAAGAUGCUCUUCCUCUGACUCACGUGAAGAAGAUGCAGGAGGUUUACGAUCUCAACGCCAGCAUGAACGCAGAGAUCCGCUUCAGGUGGCUCAGGAUGUGCGUGCGCUCUAGGUGGGAGGAGGCGGUUCCCAUGGCGAUGAAGAUGGCGACGGAUCAGGGCCGGAUGAAGUUCACCAGACCGCUCUUCAAAGAGGUGUUCAACUUUGACAAGUUUCGUGACGAAGCAGUCCGAGUGUUUCUGGCUCAGCGAACUGCGAUGCACCCGGUCACCGCCGGGCUGGUCGCCAAGGACCUGAAGGUGGACGCCGGCAACACCACCAGCCUGUGACACCAGAAACUCUUUUCAUACGCAUUAAUCAUUACAGGAAUCUGUCAAGCAACAUGUCUUUAAAAAUAUAUAUAUAUAUAUAUAUAUAUAUAUAUAUAUAUAAAAAUUUGACCGAAGGGAUAUUACCAGAUGAAACAUUGAUAUACACAUUAGAUAAUAUCAUCUGGACACCAUCAAUAUGAAGCUUCUGCUAUUCUUACGUUACGAAACCACCGUUAUUGCAAAACUCAACAUCUCUGCUCUUUUCUUUGUCAAGGCUGAAGAAAUAAAACGUGUCUGAAGGAAACUGUUUCAUUA